AUGCCUGCACGCGGCGAGGCAACUGAUGGAAAAUGGUGGAAGAAGAUCACGGCGCGGCUAAAGGCCCAAGCCACGAAAGCCAAACACGAUGGCGAGAGCGACAAGCAACAGCAAAGCGCCUCGCAGCAGGAUCAAACACUACAGCCGGCGACAACGACGGAUGCUAACACAUUCGCAUCUUAUAGCCCUACUGUAGACCCAGAAACGCGUCAUUCCCUUCCAGCUCAGUCUACUCCGAACAAUAAUUAUGGGAAAAGAGUAGAUUCGCUUCGAAAUCGACGAGCACGCAAUCCGGUCGCUACUCUUGAAUCUGAAACCCCGGAAACAAGUACGUCCGUCGAAAAUCCAACAAGGUUAUAUGCUGCUCUCGCCCAUGCCACCCACGAAGGAGACGAAGAAUCAGUACGGACGCUAUUACUUGAUUCGGGGGCGCGAGUGCUUCCAGGUCCAGCGGAGCCAACCAGAGAUUGCGGUAGCUUUCGUUGCACAAUUCAGCCCAGCCCUUUGCACGAAGCUAUAUCCAUGGGACACACCAAUCUUGCGAGUCUUUUACUUGAUAGAUUCGUCCUGAACGGCGGCCAGCAUGGCGAGCCAGCCAGCGGAUCUGAAAAGUGGCAGUUGGCCGAGAUGAGAGAUGUGAAAGGGAGGACACUUUUGGCUACCGCCUGCGUAGUAGGAAAUGCCGAUAUCGUGAAGAAACUAUUAGAUAUAGGCGCCAAAACCGAAAUCCGCGACAGAAAUGGCCUCACCGCACUCCAUCUAGCAGCCCGAUCCCCCACACCCUCUCCCUCUGUCGUCAAGUUAUUGAUUGACUAUGGGGCCGAUAAGAACGCCAAAGAUGACAGUUGGAUAACACUUUUGCAAGAUGCCGAAAACAACCUGCUGCCGGAAGAAGUGGCCGUUCUUCUAAGGCCAGCCGCCUCAUCUCCACGACCGAAGCACCGCAGGAAAAGGUCGCGAGUUCCUCUUCCCAAGACGAGCACGGAUCACCCACAAGUGGAUUCGAAGGAUGGGAAUCAGGACAAACCUGACACAUUGUGGCUAGACGGAGUGGUGAUACGUCACAGUAAGUGA